CCUCCAAUGUAAAGAUAAGAGCGACAUCGUGCGUUCGUUCCGCCUGAGUUAGGCAAUACUGCAAAGGCAAACACUGAGCGUUGGGGGAACUGUACAGCUGCUAGUUACACAUACUUUCUCACGGACCGGCACAAACUGUUUUAAUUAUAUUCUACAUGAGGACGUUAUCUGAUUUCCACGUUUCCGAGUGCUAGCGCCAUCAGUUUGAACAGUUACGAAAAAGCCGGGACGACUUUUUCUACCCCAUCUGGCGCGGAACAUGGGACGUUUUUCUACCUGGCUGGUCCUUGCGAUUGUGGCGUUCUUCUCCCACGGGCGUGCGGAGGGCGGAGAGGACCAACCCGGCCACUUCACCAACACCUGGGCGGUGGAAAUCUACGGAGGGCCCGAGAAAGCUGACCUGUUAGCCCGAGAGCAUGGCUACGAGAACUUGGGACAGAUAGGGAACCUGGAGGAUCACUACCUCUUCAGACACAAAGACGUGCCUCACCGGUCCCGCAGAGGGGCGCAUCAGCACACUAAGCGUCUGGGAGACGACGAAAGGAUACAAUGGGUGGCUCAGCAGGUCGGCCGAGCCCGGAGUAAAAGAGGGCCCAUCCCCCAGGAACACCGCCAAUCAGAAGACAACAAGCCCAUGACCUUCCGCGACCCUUACUGGGAGAAACAGUGGUAUCUGCACGACACGAGAACUUCGACAAACCUGCCCAAACUAGACCUGCACGUACUUCCGGUCUGGAGAAAGGGCAUCACGGGAAAAGGUAUCGUCGUCGCCGUGUUGGACGACGGGAUCGAAAAGGACCAUCCAGACCUCGUGGACAACUAUGAUCCCGAUGCUAGCUUUGACUUCAACGACAACGAUGCCGACCCGCAGCCGAGAUACGAGGAAACGAACGAAAACAAGCACGGGACCCGUUGCGCGGGGGAGAUCGCCAUGGCAGCCAACAACUCUGAGUGCGGCGUGGGGAUAGCUUUUAAUGCAAGAAUAGGAGGUGUGCGAAUGCUGGACGGAGUGGUGACUGACGCUGUGGAGGCUAACUCCAUCGGCUUCAACAUCCAGCACGUGGACAUCUACAGCGCCUCGUGGGGACCCAACGACGACGGCAAGACCGUGGAGGGGCCGGAGAAACUGGCUCGGGCUGCCUUCGAGAAGGGAGUCAGGGAGGGACGUGGUGGAAAGGGGUCCAUCUUUGCCUGGGCGUCCGGUAACGGCGGCAGUAACGGCGACAACUGCGACUGUGACGGGUACACCAGCUCUAUCUACACGGUGUCCAUCAGCAGCGCGUCCCAGCAGGGCCGGUCUCCAUGGUACGGCGAGAAGUGCGCCUCCACCCUGGCCACCGCCUACAGCAGCGGGGAGUACAAGGACCAGAAAAUAAGCAGCACAGACCUGCAUCACGAGUGUACGGACAGCCACACGGGAACAUCGGCCGCGGCACCACUGGCUGCUGGGGUGCUGGCACUGGCUCUAGAGGCAAACCCGGACCUGACCUGGAGAGACGUCCAGCACCUGAUCGUGUGGACCUCAGAGUACGACCCCCUCUCCAGCAACCCCGGCUGGUUCCAGAACGGCGCCGGCCUGUGGGUCAACUCCCGGUUCGGCUUCGGGCUGCUGAACGCCGAGGCGAUGGUGGACAUGGCGCAGACGUGGAAGACUGUACCAGAGAAGAACACGUGUGAAGUCAGGAUUGAGAACUUCCAGCCGAGGGACCUGGGAAACGGGGAGGAGAUCACCAUAGAGAUGGAGACUGAUGGUUGCCAUGGCAACAACCACGUGGAGGCUCUGGAGCACGUGCAGGUCAAAACGACGAUCGACUACACCCGCCGGGGGGACCUGAGGAUAGUGCUGACGUCACCGUCAGGAACCAGCACCACCCUCCUGGACACCCGCCGUCAGGACAAGUCUCAGAUGGGUUUCCAGGACUGGCCCUUCAUGUCCACUCACAACUGGGGAGAGAAGCCGCAGGGCAAGUGGACACUCACUAUAGAGGACAAGUCUGACCACGCGGAAAACAACGGUGUUGUGAAGGAUGUUGUGCUGAUUCUGCACGGAACCCCGGAACAGCCGGCCUACCAGUCCGGAGGGAGGGUGUACACUGACUACAACCGCGUGCAGGACGACAGAAAUGUGGAAAUAUCGGCCGCUAAAUCCGCCCCAGCCCCCGCUGCGGAUGCCGCCCCCGCCCGGGAGUCAGAGGACUGGAUCCCCGGCUCUGGUCCCUUCGGCUCUGCUGGGAGCGUGGUAAUCGCAGAGACUCCAGAAAAAGAGACGGAGUUCUUGGUGAACUGGAAGGACGGAAUGAAUCGCUACGAGCCUGACUUCAACCCCGUCAACUCGGGCCCGUUCGAACCCGCCGCUGAUGCCGGAUCAGACGUAUACAUGGAUGCCGAAGACCUUCGUCCUUGGGAAGCUUUCAAGUACCUGCAUCGGCAAAUGAAAUCACCGAGCAGCCCACGUCACCCAGCGCAUGCGUACAACAAGCCAUCGUCACAGUACAUCCGGGACCCGUGGGUAUCCCAGAAUGCCCUGGACAAAGAGGCGAACCUGGUGAAAUACUACCUACAGCUGCUGGGCUAUGAACCAUGAAAAAAAACGUGAAAGAAAAUAAAACGGAACGCCAGAAACUGGAACGAAAUACAAACUGGUCUUAGAGAAUAAAAUUGUAGAAAUCA